AUGGACUUCGUCACAUCAGCAUUGGAGGUUAUUGGAGUCAAUUUACAUAAAGACGAGAGAGAAGGUAGAUGGAAGUUCGACAUUGAUCCACUGCGACUCAGCGGUACAGUGGCUGGCUUCGGUCUGGCAUAUGUAGUGAUGAACCGCUUGGAGGGUCAUCGGACGGCGACUCCAGCGGUCACUAUUACAGAAGUUUCUGAGGUGCCAUUCUCGAGUUUUUGGAAGCAGUUGAAGGAUUCACAGGUCGACGAGAUAGCGUUUAUACCAUCACUGGACGGUACGAUGCCGCCCAUGUUGCGAUACCGCACAGGCAAUGGGGAGGCGAAUCAGGAGGCGACGACGUUAACAUUGCCGGGAUGCAGCGAAAUGGUUGCUGAUGAGGCGAUGAAGAGGGGCAUUCGAUGUUACACGAGUACGGAGGCUGAGGCAUCAUUGGCGAUGCUCCAGAUGAUGGCCGAUUUAGUGGGUUGGACGGCGUCAUUGGCGGGGUUUCUGAUAUUAUAUCGGAUGUACUCCGGAGAUGGAGUGAAUGGACCUUUUGGUGCUAAGAAGGCUCCAACGGCCAACGCCUCCUCUACUAAGAAUGUGACCAAGUUCGCUGAUGUGGCCGGCCAUGAGCAGACUAAAGUCGAACUGAGGGAGAUUGUUCAGUAUCUGCGGGAUCCCGUGUCAUUUUCCUCGCUUGGGGCGCGCCCUCCUCUUGGUGUCCUGUUGGAAGGGCCAAGUGGCGUUGGAAAGACGCUCCUGGGCCGAGCAACUGCCGGUGAGGCGAACGAUAUUCCUUUCCUCUACGCGAGUGGGUCGGAGUUUGUUGAAGUGUAUGUUGGCCAAGGAGCCAAACGCGUCAGGGAGGUGUUCGCUCAGGCCCGGGCUGUAUCUCCAUGCAUAUUAUUCAUCGACGAGUUGGACGCCAUUGGAAGUCGAAAUUUUAGAGGUGGUGACGGCCAAGAGUACACUCAGACGAUCAACCAACUGCUGAUCGAAAUGGAUGGUAUAUCAGAUCGUGAUGGUGUUGUGGUUAUGGCGGCUACUAAUCGUUUUGAUGGUUUGGACUCCUCCCUCACCCGACCCGGCCGGUUUGAUCGAUGUAUUCACGUGUCACUACCUGAUGCAAUAGCGAGAGAGAGGUGCUUUGUGAUCCACGGGAGAAGGUUGAAGUUAGCCACCAAUGUUGAUAAUGAGGCAUUAGCUGCAGCAACAGAGGGGAUGACUGGUGCUGAUAUUGAGCAUAUACUAAACCAAGCUGCCUUGGUGGCUGCACGCAAUAAGGAGACCUGCGUCUCGCAGGAACGUAUACUGGAAGCAUCCGAUAAAUUACGAGCGGAGCGAAGCGAAAGAAAUAAGCGACAACAACAGAAGGUCGAUGAAGAUCGACAUGCAGAGAUACCCUUUGAUCGCUGGGCAGCUCAAACGCUGAUCAAUUUGGCGAAUAAUACUCAACGAGAUUCUCCUGAAGUUGACUAGAGCCAAAAGA